AUGCCAGAGACAGUGUCUCAGGGAUUGAGGUCGGCAUACUCUGUGCCAGAAAUGUGCAGUCUCAGACUCACGGUGAUUUCAGUUGAGCUGCUGCUUUGCUAUCUCCUGCUGCACCCUGUAGAGGCCAUUUCACAUGGAAACCAGACAAAUGUCCUGAGGCACCUUCCAUCAUCCUUGGGAUCCUGGCCAACUUCCUCAGGCCCUUUGUCCUGCCAGACCUUGCUCCCAAAGUCCCUGUCUGGCUUCACCCACAUGGCCCCGCUACACAAGUUCCUGGUAGGCCUGCCACUGGUGAUAGCCCUGGAGGAAAUUGGCUGCCAGGAUGAAGUCAGGGCCCUAGAGCAGCAGCUCUACCAACAGGGGGGUGUAAAAGCCACACAGAUCCUCAUCCAACAUCUUCAAGAGCUUCAGAACGGAAAAAACACUAGAAGGGGAGUGUCAGUGGAUGCCCUGGCCUCUGCUUUGCAAUUGCUGGCCAGGGAACAGGCAGGUCCAGAGAGGGCCCAACGCUCCCUCUCCAUCAAUGACUGCGAGCAGGAGCAGGAGCAGAGUGUAUACAACAUAGUCCGGAUGCUGCCAGGGGUGGGGACCUACUACAACCUGGGCACAGCUUUGUACUAUGCGUCUCAGAACUGUGCAGACAAGGCCAAGGAACGGGGCCAAGAUGGGGUCUUAGAUCUCGGUUAUGACCUUCUGAUGAGCAUGGCUGGAGUGUCAGGAGGGCCUGUGGGAGUAUGGGUCAGUGCUGCUCUUAAACCUGCAGUGAAGAUUGGGGUUCAGAAGUUGAUCCAGUAUUACAAUGAGAAUGCGGGUUAA